AUGCUCAAUUUUUCUAUAUCUGGGCCAACUUGCUAUACAUUUCUACAAUAUUAUUUAAUUGCUCUUAAAUCAUUAAUAUCAACAGAUAGUAAUGAUGAUGAUCAUAAAUGUCUUAUAAUGUUAUCAAAUUAUUUAUGUACGCUGACACUUUUAUAUGAUCGACCAUUUUCAUCAUAUCGUUCAUCCCUAAUAGCUGCUAGUUGUCUUUUAUUUGCAAUUCAAUUACUUAAUCAAUAUUUAAAUAUUGAUACUACUUGGUCAAAUAAUUAUAUUCAAUUAACAACAUAUACACAAUAUGAUUUAAAUGAAUGUACAUUAGCUUUAGCUGAAAUACAUUCAAAAACAUAUAAUCAAGAUAAAAUAACAUCAAGUUUACUUCGACGUUAUUUAAAUGCUAAAAAAUAUAAUGAAUUAUAUCAUAAACGUGUACAUGAAAUAAUUCACCGAUCAAACUUAGAAGAAGAAGAAGAAGAACAUAAUAAUAGUCAUGAUGAUGAUGAUGAUCAUAUACUUGAUUUAACACUUGAUGAAUUUGAAGAAAAUCAUAUCAGUUUCGAUUGUCAUCGAUGA